AUGUGGGAACCUCAAGCUUGGGCAUUUUCAGUCUGGUUGAACCGCGUCCUAUCCGCAACAACCACUCCUCCACCCCCGCUACAGCUCCCCGACGAGCUCAUAGGCGACGCCUACCCCAGCUCCAUCCCCCGCCCCGUCGCCGCCGAGCCCGGAUCCGCCGCCCGGAGCACCGCCCGCCGCGUAUCCCUGCGCAAGGGACGGCCGCGCAGCACCUCCCCGAGCCGCAGUCCCAGCCCCGACGAGCUCAACGAUGCCUACUACCAGCGCAGCGAGCGCCGCUCCGGCUCCGGUUCCGUGACCGCCUCUCAGUUCAUCGGCGGCGAUACUCCGCUCAAGGGCAAGAGCCCCCCGAAGCCUCGAGGAGAACGUCGCGCCCUCGCUCGAGGUCCCGUCACCAUCACCCUCGCCCUCGCGGUCAAGGUCCAGGUCGCGCUUGAGGUCGCGGUCGAGCUCGCGCUCCCCUCGCGCUACGAAACGUGCUCCCAGGGCAGCAGGAGCCAGUCGCCGCAAAAGCCCCCGCCCCACCAGCCCGUCCGCACCUCCUUCCGCCCCACCCUCACCCUGCGCGGCCACACCGGCCCCAUCUCCCAGGUCCGCAUAUCCCCCGACGCCCGCUGGAUCGCCAGCGCCUCCGCCGACGGCACCGUCCGCCUCUGGAACGCCGCGACCGGCGCCCACAUGGACACCCUCGUCGGCCACCUCGCCGGCGUGAGCUGCGUGACCUGGAGCCCCGACAGCAACACCCUCGCCACCGGCUCCGACGACAAGUCCAUCCGCUUCUGGGACAGGGGCAACAUCCUCGCCUCGGGGUCCUACGACGAGGCCGUCUUCCUCUGGGACGUGCGCGCCGGCCGGUUGAUGCGCAGCCUGCCUGCCCACAGCGACCCCGUCACCGGUAUCGACUUUUGCUGCGACGGAACCUUGGUCGUGAGUUGCUCGACCGAUGGCCUGAUUCGGGUCUGGGACACCUCCACCGGCCAGUGUCUUCGCACCCUCGUCCACGAAGACAACCCAGGCGUCGCCAACGUCUGCUUCUCCCCCAACGGCCGCUUCGUCCUCGCCUUCACCCUCGACAACUGCAUCCGCCUCUGGGACUACGUCUCCGGCGCCGUCAAGAAGACGUACCAGGGUCACCGCAACGAAAAAUUCGCCAUUGGCGGCUCCUUUGGCGUCCACACCCGCACCCGCCGCCCCGCCGACACAGCCACCGCCACGCAACCUAGCCAAGGAGACGCGAGCGAGCGCGAGGGCCCCGAAGAUGCCUUUAUCGCCUCCGCGAGCGAGGACGGCACCAUCGUCCUCUGGGACGUCAAGAGCAGGGAAGUCGUCCAGGUCCUCCCCGGCCACGACGGCGUGUGCUUCUGGGUCGACGUCGCUCCGGACCUCCUCGUCAGCGCUGGCCAGGACUGCGUCGUCCGCGUGUACAAGGACGGCGGGGCCAACACUCCCUCCCUCGCCAAUGGCUUGCCCGAGGCCGGCUCUGCCGCCCGCGAAGACGGGGCUGAACCCCGCAACCGGAUGCUGGUGACGAUACCAACACGCGCGUCCAGGAGAUUGGGGAAAUGA